CGAUACCGCGCACGCCUGCCGCGUCGCACUAGCCGGCUAUGCCAAACCAGCCAGCGGCAGUGGCCCGACGCCUCGCCACCGCAUCCGUACCGCAUCCGCACCGCGUUUCCACACCGCACCUCGAUGAUGGUGCGACGCAGCGGACGCUACACCGUCAACUGGCGGGGAUUCAGGGAUCUCGCUCUCGGCAACAAACCGCCGGAUGAACAGAAAGAAGAACCUAAACCUGAAGAUGAUCUCAAUAACCAUGAAGUAAUAUUUUUGAAGAGCAUUGUAGAAAGCCCGGAUUUUGGAAGAAGAUGUGAGUCUAUAGAAUCGGAGGAAGAUUUGGUGGUGAAGCCCGCGUCGCUUGGCAACGUUACCAUAAUAAAGUCGCUGAGCGAGUACCGAGGGAACAACAUUCGGACUAUCGAACAAGCGGAGCUCGCGAUUUUGUUGUCGCGGGUUCACUUUAGGGCACUAAUAGACGCUCAUGACCAAAUAGGUGCCAUUUGGCUUGAACGAGGUUCAGGCAUCGAUGAGAAAGCAGCUGUGAAGGACGAGGAUAGUAAAGACAUCGCUGAAGGUGCAGACAGUCCUGAGGAGAACGGAGACAUGCCGAUAGAAACCGUCAAAGUAGUUGGCCUUAGAAAAGUACCUGGACAACCAUUAGGGUUAACUGUAACAACAGACGAACAUGGACAGUUAAUAGUAGCUAGGAUAUUAGCGGGUAGUGCUGCGGCCAAGCAAGCCCUGCUCUCAGUCGGAGAUGUCUUGCUCGAAGUAGACGGAGUGCAGAUAAACUCAGAAGACCAGCUCAAGGAGGCCGUAUCUAAGCCCAAUGAUAGAGUAUCACUCAAAGUUGGACCUAAUUUAAAGGAUAAGAAUAAUCAAUUAAGCAAUAAACUUACUUGUUAUAUGAGAGCAUUAUUUGACUAUGACCCUAAAGAAGAUACAUUAUUGCCAUGUAAGGAAAUAGGAUUAGAAUUUAAAAGAGGAGAUAUUUUACAAGUAUCAGAUAGAAAAGACCCAAACUGGUGGCAAGCAAGCCAUGUAGAAAACCCUGAGGUUGUUGGGUUAAUCCCAUCGCCAGAGCUUGAGGAGCGGCGUAAAGCGUAUGUGCCGCCCGAAGCAGACUUUGUGCACAAAAUCAGCAUUUGUGGAGCCAGGAUAUCCAAGAAAAAAAAGAAGUUCGUCUACGAGUCCCGGUCCAGCGUGAAGCUAGAAGGCGCGGAACUCGCUCUGUACGAGGAGGUGGCGCGCACUCCGCCGUUCCUGCGGCGCACGCUCGCGCUGGUGGGCACGCGCGGCGUGGGCCGGCGCACGCUCAAGAACAAGAUGAUACACGACCACCCGGACCGCUUCGGGGCCGUCGUGCCGCAUACCUCGCGCCCCCCUCGGCCCAUGGAAGAAAACGGCCAGUCCUACUGGUUCGUGUCCCGGGAAGAAAUGGAACGGGACGCGCACGCCGGCCGCUUCCUGGAGUACGGAGAACACAACGGACACCUCUACGGGACACAUCUGGACUCUAUACGUGCCGUUAUCAAGGAAGGAAAAAUGUGCAUCCUAGACUGCGCCCCGCAGUCGCUGAAACUGCUUCACAACAGCAGCGAAUUCCUGCCAUAUGUAGUGAUGGUGGGUGCGCCUGGCAUCGAACAACUACGUAACCUGACCUACGCUUCGAACAGAAACCUGACGUUUGACCGGCAGAGCUCCAUCCGCUACAGCUCUCGGCGCGCGCGCACGUUGGAAUCGUUGGCGUCGCUUUACGAGGAAGAAGACAUGAAACAGACGCUCGAAGAGAGCGCUCGCAUCCACCGGCAGUACGAAAAGUACAUCGACUUCGUCAUCACAAACAACAACGCCGACACCACCUACUCAAAGAUCAUGGACGCGCUGCACGCUCUCUCCACCGACCACCAAUGGGUGCCGGUCAGCUGGAUUUAUUAACAUCGACCCAAUAUAGGUUAUCUUUAGUCUGCGAAUGCGCUACGAUGAUUAUCAGGUAAGCGGGGUAUUCCGAAAAACGUUAUUCGAAGUUUUGGAUGUUGCGAUCCCUCUCACGCAACGCGAAAUGCUAGCAUGGGCGACGGUGACAAAUAGACCCGAAGCUACGUAAACGGCGUUUCGGAGUAACCCUCAAGGUCUAUGUCUUCGUUUGUACGCUAUAAGAGCGAUGAUACGCAUCCUCUUGACCAAUUACGGCCUACUUUUCUGUCUAUAAUGUUGUCCAUUUGAAAUGGUUUCACUACUUUCUAAUUUCUUAAUAAAACUAAUGAACCUUAAUUAGCCAAUUUAUAGAUAAGUUACUUGAUAUGUCGUCAUCGUAUCGCAUUUAUUUUGACUGCCUCUGUAUUAGUCUUCCCGCACUGUGUUAGGUAAAUGAAUUUAUGUAUUUAAGGUAUGAAGCCGAGUGUUAUGUUAUGAAUUUGGUCAUUUAAAUAUGCCUAUUUACAUCACAUUACUUAAUUAACAAAAUUUUUAAUGUUCCAGCAUUGCCGCUUGUAUUAUUAUAAAAAAUAAAAUAAUAAUGGCCAUUUGGAAAUAUUCAUCUGACACUUGCGCUUAUUUUUGAUAAUAUUAUGCCUAAAAUAGCUUGUAUAGUGCGGGCCUAAUUUUACAAUUAAUUAAUUAGUAUUAUUAAGUAUUACUUGUAACUUGUAUUAAGAUAUUGUGCCAGCAAGAAAAAUAGCUGAUUUAUUUAUAGUUGGAUAAAGUCAUUCCAUAAUAUAAAAUAUCUUUUACAUGCAAUUACAAAAUUUGUUACCAAAAUAUUUUUAUCACAAAAUAGUUAAUAAACCUAAAUAAAUCCACUUUAAACUUACAUAAUCUGCAGUCUUUUCGAUAUUUACCAUUAGGAAUCAGUAUGUAAUUCCCACCUGUAAAAUUAUGAUUUUACAUGUAAUUUUAAGGCCAAGAUUGUGUGUUAUUAUUAUUACAAUAUGUAUAGAUCAGUUAUGUACGUUUUUAUUAAAUUUAUAUUUAUACUUAAGUACUAUGGAUAGUACAAUAUUAUGUGCAAAGAUGUAUUAUAUUAAUUUCUUUCAAUAAAAUCUCAUGAUCAUGACAAUGUAUUGAUGAAUAUUCUAGGUCUUUUAAAACUUUAUUGUUCUUUUUUGCGCUUAUUUAUAUUAAUAUGCAAAGCUAUUUUUUAUAGACAAGCGUUACCUAACAAUAGCUGAUGCUACUUUUAACAUUGCUAUGUAUAGUUUGGUGUCAUAAUGUCAAUAUGUAACGGAUUUUGUUUAGAGGUAGGUACUUCAAAACUUUUUUAUGCAGAACAGCAGGUAUUUAAUCGCAAUCACACCUGAUGUUAAGUGAGAAGAAAUCAAUGCUGAAAUAAAUCAGUUUAUUCUUUACUUUUCUUAAUUUAUUCAUUAGACUCUAUUACGAGUACUUUAGUUUCAAUGUAUUAAAAGUACACUCUUUCUUUUGUGUGUACACUAUGACGCAAAAUGACAUUAUGUACCAACUAUAUUAAAUAAGAAUAAAUCCUGUUUUUACAUCACGUAAGGGCGAAACGGUUUCCCCGAAAAGCUCUACGUGUUAUUAGUUCUAAGGAGACUUGCUUUGAUUUACAUUUAAGCUACAUUGUAAAUUUAGCUUGUACUUCAUUGAGAAUCUCACAUUCCGUCCAUUUUAUUUUGUUGUUUAGCUAUAAAUUUUAUUGGAAUAUUCAAUAUACAUUAUAACUGUAA